CUUCUUGCGCUUCUCUUCUCUUACACUCGCUCAAUAUCUUCGUGUCCCAAUUCCAUUCCCACCAUAUCGCACCAGUGCCGGUGCUUAGCAUUUUAAUCCAGUCUCCAAGUCCACGACUACAAGCAAACCCUCCUCACAAUGUCUCUCCUCACACGAUUCGUCCUGCCCGCCCUCGCGGCCGCAGGCACAGCUGUCGCCGCCUCGUGCAGUGCUUCGGCGACCACCAUCCAGAACCAGGGCGACGCGACCGCAUUGGCAGCAUGCAAGACCUUCAGCGGUAGCGUCGUCAUUGCUACGGGCACCACGGACCAGAUCAACAUUCCCAACGUGCAGAAGAUCGAUGGCGACUUCACCGUCACCAACGUGUCUCUCAUCACAUCCAUUGGCGCCGACAGCUUGACGGAGAUUACCGGCAAGUUCACGCUGAACGAGGUGCAAGUCCUCACCAGCCUGAACUUCCCCCGUCUCGCCGCCGUCGACGACAUUGAGUGGAAUGCGCUGCCCAAUCUGCAGCAAUUGACCUUCACGACCACCGUCACCAAGGCCUCGACCAUCAACAUCCAGAACACUGAGCUUAACUCCCUCGAGGGUAUCGAUCUGGAGACUGUGGACACUUUCUACAUUGCCAACAACCGAUACCUUAACGACAUCACCCUGCAGCUGACCCAGGUCGGUAACGCCCUGACUCUGGAGGCCAACAACCCUGCCGUCAACGUUUCCUUCCCCAACAUGAUCUGGGCCAACAACAUGACCUUCCGCAACUGCUCGUCCAUCUCCAUCCCAUCCCUCGAGUCUAUCAACGGCUCUUUGGGAUUCUAUGGAAACGACAUUGAGUCGUUCAUCGGCGCCAAUCUCACCACGGUCGGCAAGGAUCUGUCUUUCGUCUCCAACACCAAGCUCGCCAACAUCUCCCUCCCUCUCCUAAAGAGCGUCGGUGGUGGCUUCACUGUUGCCAACAACACCGAUCUUGGCCAAGUUGAUGGAUUCACCUCUCUGCAGAAGGUCGUUGGCGCUGUUGACUUCAACGGUAACUUCUCUGAUGUCGCUCUCCCUGGCCUCAAGGACGUCCAAGGUGCUUUCAACAUCCAGUCUACCGGUGAUCUUACCAAGCAGUGUGCCCACUUCUCGGAUCUCAAGGACAGCUCCGUCAUCAAGGGCGACUACGUCUGCGAGGGCAAGGUCUCCCAUCCCGGCGGAGCUGGCACCACCCCUACGGCCACUGCCAGCGGUGCCAAGGCCAGCAAGACUGGCGCUGCCGGUCGCGUCGAGAUCUCCUCGGCCGUGAUGGGUGUGUCGGGUCUGAUUGCUGCUUUCUUUGGGUUGCUCUAGAGAGUUCAUGACGCUGGCGUUUCGACAAUAAUUGCAUAGACUAAUUCGAGAAUUAUGUUUCUUCUUCGACAGCGUUCUGCAUCCAUCUUUCGAGGCUGGAUUCGGGUCCCGAAGGCA